AUGAGAUCAUUGAGUUAUUUUUAUAAUUUUCAAAUGCAAUAUUCCCCGCCGACCAUUCCAUUGUACUGGUGGAGCUUUUAUAACACAUCAACAUUUGUAGCACGUACAAGUGCACGUAAACGUUCAACGGAUAUGCUGAUGCAUUACGAUAAAAGUCGUUCUCUUAUCUAUGAUUUUAUAGAAACUGUUUUGCAACGCUUUGGUUAUUUCGGUAACGAAUGUUUAUUAAAGGUCAUUUGCGAAGUGGCACGUGCUCCUUUAAGCGAAGACUUCAACGCAAGUGAUGAAGAUACCAGGCAGCUACACAUCACGGACAACGAUGGACAUGAAAUAGUGGAUGAUUAUGGCAGAAUUAUUUACCAUAAACUAAUAAAUGCGAUUUUCACGCCUCUGUAUUCUAAUGUAAAUGAACGUUAUAUAAAUGCUCGAGAAGCCGGUCAAAAUGGUGCAAAUUGUGAUGAGACAUUUGGAGAGUGUCCCAUUGUAGAACAAUUGUUUAAACGUUACACACAAUUUAUUUAAUAACAUUUUUGUAAUCUGUAUAUUUAUUCUAUUUUCGUUCAUUAUUUUAUAUACCCAACCCCAAUAUAAUACGGCCUGUCAAAGACCUAACUCAGUUGUCAGAAACCUAAGUGGUGAGAACAUUUUUUUUAAAAUAUUUUUAUUUAAAUAAAAUUUAUUUUUUUUAAA